AUGCAUUUGUUUCUUGGCUGGCGUGCAAUGGAAGAUCGAAUUGGUUCAAUAGCAUAUACAUUUGAACGUGUUUUAUGGGGUGAUAGUCGUGCUCGACAUACAUUUUUAAUUGCAUGUUCUGAUGAACAUCCACUAACUUUAAUUGAAAUCGAUGUGGGCAAUCGUGAAAGAGGUAUUAAAAAAGGUAUGAAAUUAAAAAUUGCUGAAUUAGAAGAAAUACCAAAUUCAGUAACAAAACUUGAAUUAAUUGGUGAAACAACAUCACCAACAGCAUUACAACAACUUAUUCAAAAUGCACAAACUUAUGUACAAGAACAUCCUAAUUAUCAUGUCUUAUUGAAUAAUUGUCGAACAUUUGUUGAAUCUCUUAUUGAUGAAAUACCUGAAUUUCGAAAUUCUAUACCACGUAAAAAAGGUUCAAUACUUGAAUAUUAUCAUUCACAAGCAAAACAUGAACAUCCUGGAGCAUUAGUCAAAAGUAAACAAUUAUUGAAAGAUGUUCGUGAUGUUCAUCGUCAUAAUAGACAGUAUAAGUACACUAGUAAAUUAGUAUUAAACAUAGAAUUACCAACACUAGAUGUAGAUAUUAAUACUGAUAUUAUUGAAGUACGACUUUAA